AUGAGCUGGCCAUUGACAAUACGUCCGGCUCUGCGACGGCCUUGCAGUCCGGACUCCGAAAAACUCACCCAGCGCCUGACUGCUGCGCUCUUUGCCCUCCAACACCGGCGUUUCUCCGCUAGCCCUCCUCCAUGGAGCGAAGUGCAAAGGAAACCCCACUCCCCGCCGAAUCUGAUCACCUGCGUUCCGUGGUCCGCCCUCACCGUUGGAAUUCCGUUCGAAACCUUCCCAAACGAGCGUCGCAUUGCCCUAACCCCGCAGAAUGCUGCUCUGUUGCUAAAGAAGGGAUUCGCCCGAGUCCUGAUCGAGCGUGGUGCUGGAGCUCAAGCUCAGUUCACAGAUGAUGCAUACGAGAAGGCGGGUGCAACACUCGUGGAUAGGAAAGCUGUCUGGCAAGAUAGUGAUAUCUUGCUGAAAGUACGCCCUCCCUCACUCAAUGGCUGCUCCAACAAUGAGGUGGCUGCCCUCCGUGAGGGAAGCACCCUUAUUUCGUUUCUAUACCCGGCACAGAAUAAGGAAGUGGUGAAUGCGUUGGCUGCUCGCCAUGUAACUUCGUUUGCGAUGGAUAUGAUCCCUCGCAUAUCCCGCGCACAGGUGUUUGAUGCCCUUAGUUCUAUGGCAAAUAUUGCUGGAUAUAAAGCUAUCCUCGAGGCUUCGAACCAUUUUGGCCGGUUUCUCCCUGGUCAGGUUACAGCAGCUGGAAAGGUAAAAACUGUUCCUGUAAUCGUCGGAAUGACGCCGAUCCCUCCUGGCAAAGUUCUCGUUAUUGGAGCUGGCGUAGCUGGUCUAAGUGCUAUCGGUGCCGCCCGUCGUCUAGGAGCAAUUGUACGGGGUUUUGACACACGACCCGCUGCGCGCGAACAAGUACAGUCUCUUGGUGCUGAAUUCAUUGAAGUCAAUAUCCAGGAAGAUGGCACUGGUACUGGUGGCUACGCAAAGGAAAUGUCAAAGGAAUUCUUGGAGGCUGAAAUGAAGCUAUUCAUGGAACAGUGCAAAGAAGUAGACAUCGUGAUCACCACGGCCUUGAUUCCCGGACGCCCCGCCCCCAAGUUGAUCAAAAAGGAGAUGGUAGAAGCAAUGAAAACAGGCUCCGUGAUAGUCGAUCUAGCAGCUGAAGCUGGCGGAAAUUGCGAAUUGACUGUUUCCGGACAACUAUCUGUUCAUAAAGGCGUUACUAUUAUAGGCUAUACUGAUCUUCCCUCACGACUUCCAACACAAUCGUCAACCCUGUACUCCAAUAAUAUCACCAAAUUCCUUCUCUCUAUGGCCCCUGAGGAAAAGAAAUUCGGGAUAGACCCUACGGACGAGGUUGUUCGUGGCUCAAUUGUUACGCAAAAUGGCGAAAUCCUGCCUCCCGCGCCUCGAACCGGUCCCCCACCAGCUGCGGCUCCAAAUGCCGCUACGGUUGAGAUUUCCAAGGAGAGCGCUAUGCUAGCCAUGACCCCGUUUCAGAAAACCUCACGGGAAGUCGUCACCGUUACCGGUGGUAUGGGACUUGCGGUGCUGCUCGGGAAAAUCGCUGGUCCAGUGUUCAUGAGCAAUGUAUUUACCGCUGGACUUGCUUCGCUUAUUGGCUAUCGUGUGGUGUGGGGAGUUGUACCUGCGCUGCACUCCCCCCUGAUGAGUGUAACAAACGCCAUUUCAGGUAUGGUUGGUGUCGGUGGUUUGUUUGUCAUGGGAGGAGGGUUUGUUCCUGAAACCGUUCCCCAGGUUCUCGGCGCAUUGUCGGUCCUGUUGGCAUUUGUGAACGUUUCUGGUGGUUUCGUCAUCACCAAGCGAAUGUUGGAUAUGUUCAGACGCCCAACGGACCCCCCUGAAUAUCCCUGGCUAUAUGCAAUACCCGGUCUGUUGUUUGGUGGAGGCUUUAUCGUAGCUGCGACCACCGGUAUGGCUGGCCUUGUGCAAGCUGGGUAUCUUGUCAGUAGUAUCUUGUGUAUUAGUUCCCUUUCUGGUCUUGCAUCUCAAGCGACAGCUCGACGAGGCAACAUCUUAGGCAUACUAGGUGUAGCUUCUGGGAUGCUCUCAUCUCUAGCUGCAGUGGGCUUUUCGUCUGAGGUUCUUGCUCAGUUCAUCGGAGUUGCUGGGUUUGGAAGUAUUGUUGGUGCCCUGAUCGGUCGACGCAUUACGCCAACCGGAUUACCGCAAACUGUUGCAGCACUACACUCCGUUGUCGGAUUGGCUGCUGUUCUUACGAGCAUUGGAAGCGUUUUGGUAGAUGUUGGACAUAUUUCUACGUUACAUCUCAUCACCGCAUAUUUGGGGGUUGUUAUUGGUGGUGUUACGUUUACCGGUUCAAUCGUUGCUUUUCUCAAACUAGCGGGGCGCAUGUCUUCACGUGCUACGAUUCUCCCUGGGCGGCAUUUAAUCAACGCAUCCCUCCUUGGAGGAAAUGCUGCUUUGAUGGGCACAUUUGUCACCAUGGCUCCGGGCGCUCCUAUGACCGCUGCUCUGUGCUUGGGUGCUAGUACGAUUCUCAGCUUUUUGAAGGGUUAUACAACAACAGCUGCUAUCGGUGGCGCUGAUAUGCCCGUUGUAAUUACCGUUCUGAAUGCCUAUUCUGGAUUUGCAUUGGUUGCUGAAGGCUUUAUGCUUGACAACCCGUUGUUGACAACUGUCGGAUCUCUCAUUGGAGUUAGCGGUUCUAUUUUGUCGUAUAUUAUGUGUGUUGCCAUGAAUAGAUCUUUAACCAACGUGUUAUUUGGUGGGAUAUCUUCUCCAACUGCAUCGGAUCACAAAAUUGAAGGACAAAUUACCACAACGUCGAUCGAAGAGACUGCGGACUCCCUUGCUAAUGCGGAAAGUGUUAUAAUUGUUGUCGGCUAUGGCAUGGCUGUCGCAAAAGCCCAGUAUGCAAUUUCAGAAAUUACUCGAAUGCUCCGUGCCAAGGGAGUGAAAGUCAGAUUCGCAAUCCACCCGGUUGCUGGCAGAAUGCCAGGACAAUGUAAUGUCCUCCUGGCAGAAGCCUCUGUGCCAUACGAUAUCGUCUUGGAGAUGGAUGAGAUCAACGACGAUUUCCCUGAUACGGACGUUACACUGGUCAUCGGUGCCAACGAUACCGUCAACCCCAUUGCACUUGAACCAGGCUCUCCCAUCGCUGGCAUGCCCGUUUUGAACGUGUGGAAGAGCAAGGAAAUCAUCGUCAUGAAACGAGGCAUGGCCAGUGGAUACGCUGACGUACCGAAUCCCAUGUUCUACAUGCCUAACACGAGGAUGUUAUUCGGAGACGCAAAAGCUUCCUGCGAUGCGCUCGCUAUCAGCGACACUGUGGCCGAUCGCAAAGCCUCUGAAACAUCAAGGCAAGAUUGGCGCAUAACAAAACAAGGCACAGCAAAAAAGUGGAAUGAUAUCUGGUAA